CUAAACACGCAAAGUAUUGUUCUCUUGUGAACCCCUAUGAUUUUACGCGCAUUUUGCUUGCUGUGGGCCCGCCGAUCUCACCUGAGUUUCGGGUUACACUUUCAUACCUCACUGCAGAAGGAAAUGGAGGACGCACCUGCCUGAGAAAAUACAACGGCUUUAUCGACACUUACUCGGACUUUCUUUACAUACCUUUGAGGAAAUUAAAGUUUUUAAAGCUCAUAUGUUUUAAAAGAUUUUGAGAAAAUAUGUCGCAGGGUAUAAUCUUUACCCUCCUCUUGUUCACAGGCUGCACCACAGCCAUCAAUGUGAUGUGCCCUUACCCACGAUCUGUGGUCAUAUUAUUCCAGCCGGUCACACUGCAAUGUGAUUUCACUACAUCGGAUUCAAACCCACUGAUCACCUGGAAAUACAAGUCCUACUGCAGAGACCCAAUCCAAGCUGCAUUAAACCCCAACAGUGCUGACAAUGCCAUCGCUCAGUCCAACCCAAACUACAACCCCAACAUUGAGUGUGCAGACAGCGCCAGGACCGUUCGCAUAGUGGCUUCGAAACAAACGGCCGUCUCAUUUGGGAAGGAAUACCAGGGCCGUCAGAUCAGCAUAACUGAGAAGGCACACCUUAACAUUGGUCAGACCGCGUGGGGUGACAGUGGCGUGUACGUCUGUAAUGUUGCCUCAGCCCAGGACCUUUCAGGGAAUGGCGAGUGUUAUACAGAGCUCAUUGUGCUUGAGAGAAAGUCAAAUACUACAGACCUGCUGCCUGGCAUUGAUUUACUGAUCAUGGAAGACUGGUUAUUAGUGUUGUUGGUGGUCUUGGGCUUCCUGCUGCUGUUGCUCCUGAUUGGUAUCUGCUGGUGUCAGUGUUGCCCUCAUACCUGCUGCUGUUACGUCAGCUGCCCCUGCUGCCCGGAGCGCUGCUGCUGUCCCCGUGCACUGUAUGAGGCUGGAAAAAUGGCAAAGUCUGGAGUCCCCAGUCAGUACGCAGCCACCCUCUACGCCCCAAGCAUGUACGGCCAGCCAGCUUAUGGAGUUGGUGGAGCUCCGCCUGGCAUACCCAUGCUCCCUAUGCCCAUGGGUGCCGCUGGUCCAUAUUCCAAUGGAUACGGCAGAGACUUUGACGGAGCCAGCUCAGUUGGUCAAGGAUCUCAAGUGCCACUCCUGCAAGACCACGAUGGUGGAGGAAACCGUAGUGGAUACCGUGUUCAGGCCGACCAAGAUGGAAACCCAACUCGGGUGCUUUACUAUAUGGAGCGAGAACUGGCCAACCUCGACCCCAGUCGCCCAAUGAACGCUCCAGGCAAAUACAGUCGUCUGGAUGGUAUGAGUGAGGUGACCUCACUUCAUGACGGUCCAGACUCUCGAAAUCGUGGUCGGGCCAGACCGCCUCAGCUUACCACGGUGUAUGAUGACGUGGAUGAAAACAUGAGCACCAUCAGCAGCGUCUCUCAGCACGUCCGACGGGAUGAGCCCAGGCGGGGAGCUGACUCUCGAGGACGUGCACGCUCUAUGGAAAACUUGGACGAUAUCGGCCACAAUUACAGAGACAGAGAUGACUAUCCGCCUGCACGCCGAGAUGGUGGGGCUAGAGGUGGCAGAAGAGAUUCGGAUGACGAGUGGAGCAGUAGUGGACGAGGAUACGACCGUGUCAUCGAUGACCGUCGGCGCCGUGAUUACUCUCCUGACGCUCGUCCUCGGCGUGGAGACUCCUUCCGUGGGGCUGGUUUCCAGGGCCGGCGCAGCCGUAGUCGUGAUGACCUGACGGAUCUGGAGCGUGAUCGUGGCCGUGGAGGCCGGGAUGCAUACGAUGACAGCUUCCUCAGGGAAGCCAUGGAAAAGAAGAAGCUUGGUGAGCAGCAGAGAGGCCGCAGCCGCGAGCGGCUCGAUAGUGAGAGCGACCGGUCUGACCGCUACAGGGGGCCACACGGUGGACCACCACCUCUGCCGCUCGCCCCGCCCUCCGGAAACCCUAAACGCCAUGGAAACCAUAGCAACUUCCCACCUCCUCCCCCUCCCUACACUGAGGACAGUGACAGUUUGGCAUCGUCCAAGAAGAGCAACUUAAAAAAGAAUGGAGCUGUGAGCAGAGAGAGUCUGGUGGUGUGAUGUUCAGAUGGAAAUGAUGUGUCUGUGUGUCAGUGAUGCAGCUGUGUGCGUUUCCUCUGCCCUUUCAUGUCACUUAUGCAUGUUUGUGUUUUGGCUUGAACGCAGAGAGGAAUUUUUGUUUAUAUUCAGAUGUCUUGAAUUUUUAUGGGAUAUUUUAAUGGUAAAAAUUGUAUAGCCACAAAAAGUUCACAUUAUUUCACUGUAAUGCAGGCUUGUUUAUAAAUAUAAAAUGGCAGAUUUGAAAAAACUGAUGAACUUUUUAUGGUUUGGUUCCUCCCAUGAACAUUUUUAACAGCAAGUACUCAAAAUAUAUGACUUCUGUGCAAAUAUGUCUAUCUGUCUUCUGUAUUUUAAUAGACUUUAAUAGGUGGUUAUUUGUUGACUGGAAAAAACUAUGAACAAUAGCGCCUGUCAAGUUUUCAGGUAUUGAUUUGUAAUUAUUUUAAUGUAACAUAAAGAAGUGAUCUGUGUAUGGACUGAAAUUCUAUUAUUGUGCCUGUAGUCUGAGGCAUCAUGCAGUUUCUGCAACUGGGUGAUUUAUAUAAUGUUGUAUUUAAAAUGUUUUAUGCACAUUUACAAAUGCAAGAACUUGUAUGAAACACCCCUGAGUGUGCUAAUUUUUUAAUGCUGUUUUUUAUCCAUACAGUAAUACUCUAAUCACAGAUUUGGUCAUAUAGUAGUUUAUCAUUUUGAUAUUUUUGUACAGUCACAUAAUGUCAAUUUUCAAUAAAGCUUUUUUUAUUGUA